AUGCCCAGGUUCUCAUGCCUAUCAUUCCCCUCCUUCCCCCCCUCGCAGCUCGUUUGCAACCCUCAUGGAUGCCGACGGGCAUUGUCAUUCGCAACUAAUUUGCCAACCACCCUCUCCUCCCACUGCCCUCUCCUCGCACUUGCCUCUCCCCACACUGCUCUCACCUCCACACCCAUCACCACGCAGCUCAUUUGCAACCAUCACGGCGUCAGGGAGGGAGAGCAACAUGCCGACGGGCAUUGUCAUUCGCAACGCCAAGAUCUCCGUCGACUCGGGCGUCUCCGAGGUCUACCUGGGGCGGCCUCCCCCUCUUCCCCCACACUAGCCCCCCUUCUCCGCUCUCUCCCACACUCAUCCUGCACUUAUGCUCUCAUCCUUCCCUCCCCCUACAGCUCAUUCUCAACCAUCACGGCAUCAGGCAGAGAGAGCAACACGCCGACGGGCAUUGUCAUUUGCAAUGUCAAGAUCUCAGUCGACUCUGGGAUCUCGGAGGUCUACCUGGGGCGGCCCUCUCCCCUCACUCAACCCCCUGUACCCCCCAUUCCGCCCUCCCCUCCCCCGUCCUCUCCGUUCAGCUCCUUCUCAACCAUUACGGCAUCAGGGCGGGAGAGCAACACGCCAACGGGCAUUGUCAUUCGCAACGCCAAGAUCUCAGUGGACUCUGGGGUUUCGGAGGUCUACCUGGGGCGGCCCUGGAAGGAGUGUGCUCGCACCGUCUUCGUGGACAGCUACAUGCCUGCUGAGUUGGAGCGGGACGGGUGGAGCACGUGGGGGGGCGACAGCAAGGGCAGCUGUGUGUACUAUGCAGAGAAGGGCAGCACGGGGCCGGGCAAUGCUGCCAGCCGGGCAUCGUGGGUGCACCCCGGCAUCAUAUCCGAUGCGUCCCAAUUCGACCCCGAGCCGUUUGUUGACCUCAGCUCCUGGCUGGACGUUGCUGGGCAGAACCCCAAGUGGUGA